GAAAAGUACGACGCAAGUUCCGCCGUGCGGCUGGUGACCCACAACUGGAUUGCUCGUUCCGGGGGCGGUGGCGGCGGCGGUGCCGGUGCCGUUACCGGUGGCCGCGAAAGCGGCAAAGCGGCCCGCUGGCCGCGCCUGCACCUGGAGCCGGUGGACGAGGCGUUCGUGGCGCCCACUCCGAGCGAGCUGGUGCACGUGCACGGCAGCCCCGACUACUGCGAGCGCGACGAUGCCCGCGGCGUUCCCGGCACGGUGGGGCGGCGGUGCGACUUGCGCUCCAACGGCACCGGGGAUUGCUCGAUCAUGUGUUGCGGCAGAGGGUACAACACCGUCCGAGUGACGGUGGAGAAGCGGUGCAGAUGCAAGUUCCGGUGGUGCUGCUCCGUCAAGUGCGAGCGGUGCCCGCAGACCGUUGACCAACUCUCUUGCAAGUAGACAAGUAGACUGCAGCCGCAAGCUGCCGGGGUGGCCUCGGCUGGAGAUCGACUCCAGUCGGGGUUCAGCCGAGUCCUGCCGGGUUCGGUGAUCCGUUCAAAGUUGUUGAGGGUGCCAGCACCACGGCAUCCAGCACUACACUAUACACUACACUAUACACUACACUAUACACUACACUAUACACUACACUAUACACUACUAUACACUACACUAUACACUGCACUAUACACUACACUAUACACUACACUAUACACUACACUAUACACUACACUACACACUACUAUACACUACACUAUACACUACACUACACACUACACUACACACUACACUAUACACUACACUAUGCACUACACUAUACACUACACUAUACACUACACUAUACACUACACUACUAUACACUACACUAUACACUACACUAUACACUACUAUACACUACACUACUAUACACUACACUAUACACUACACUAUACACUACACUACUAUACACUACUAUACACUACACUACUAUACACUACACUAUACACUACUAUACACUACACUAUACACUACACUAUACACUACACUAUACACUACACUACUAUACACUACACUACAUUAUACACUACACUACUAUACACUACACUACUAUACACUACACUAUACACUACUCUACACUACUCUACACUACACUACUAUACACUACACUACUAUACACUAUAUACACUACACUGCUCUCUAUAUGUUACAUGUUGAUAUACAUGACAUCUUGAUGUGACGUGAGGCAGACAACGAUGCUAGUACCUGCCUCCAUUCCCGUUCUGUAUCGGCCAAGAGUUUUCGUAGCUGUGAAUUAAAAGUGUUUUGCA